AUGUUGAAUUACGGGUUAUUGGUCGUGGAUAGUUUGGAGUCCAUGCGCAAUGAAUACAUUUCGACUAUACUUCACACAGCCCUUAAAAUUGCGAGAGACAACACGGGUAAGGAGUUCAGCAUGAGGCCUGAAUAUGAAGUAAUUGGUGAUGAACGUUGUGGGCGUGUCUAUUAUGCAAUCAAGGAGGCAGAGAACCUUCUAUGCGUUACAGAAGACAAGGUCCAGAGUAACAUACUUGAAGGCUUCGCUCAGAAUAUCAAACAGCUCGAAAGUGAGAUUUCACAGGCGAGCGAACUUCCCAUUGCUAUCGAAUUUACAAGAGGGCUUUGGACAAAAGUUCCAACACUUACAAAUCAUUGCGCAGUGCUGUGA